UAUAUGCAGCGCAUUCGCAACUCGAGCAACACAAAUCCACGCGCUUCUCUUUUCUUUUUUCUUGCCCUCUUAGAAUUCGAAUUCUGUUGUGGGAAAUUGAAUUCGAUAAAUCCCCCCCUGCAACCCAUCAAAAUCAUAAGAUUCCAACCAUCCCUCAAUACUCAAUCAUCCUGAUUCUCUGAACAAAGCCCUAAUUUUGAUUGCUCAUUCGUCUCUAAGUUUUCUCGAAAACCCUAGUAGAUGCAUGCGUGCAUACAAACUCACGGAAAAUGAAGACUGUCUGUAACAAAAAUCUCGAUGUGUUCGAUUUUAAAGACGAGUCUCCUCGAGUUGCUCUUAGGAUUACGAGCAAGCCAGAUAAAAUUAGAAGUGCUGCAAUUGACAAGUAUACAUUUCUCGCAACCGAAUCCGUGAAAUGCUGUUCUGCUGCAGGAGAAAAUAUUUCAGCGGAGGAGCUUAAAUAUGUUCCAUCUUUAGGGAUUGAUGCUAUCAACAUUACUCACAUGGCUACCACCCUUAUAGAAGAUCCUUCUGCUGUAAUGGUGACUGAUUCAGAUGAUGCUUUUACAGUUGCUGAACAACCUCCCCCUCAGUCAACUCCAGAACUCAAAAUUGAUUUAUCUGAAUCAAAGGUCAAUGUAGCCACCACAUCAACUUCACCUAGCAACAACAAAUUAAAUUCAGUCAUCCUAGAUCUGUUGCCCAAUCUACCUAAAUUCGUUUGUUCUGAUGAUCCAUCUUCAAGGUCCGAAUCUCAUUUGAAGUCCUCACAGAAGCAGGAUGAGGCAAUUGAAAUGGAUCCAGAUGAAAAUGGAAGCUUGUGUGAGGGAUCUUCAUCCUCUUCUGAGGUUGCAGAAGAUGAUGGUGUUGUUGUUGGAACAUCUUCAAAUCACUGCAUAGCCAGGUGGGAGAUAUACAGUGAAGAUAUAGGAGCAGUGGUGUUCUACCCUGAUUACAUGGUGUAUAGUGACAGUUAUUACACAGAUUCUGUAAUAUCUUUUAAUAGCAAUUCUAUCAAAAUGGAAGCUUCAACCACAGAUGAGGAUGACAAAACCUUUAAAUUCAAAUGGGGAAUUGAGGAUAUACUCCAGAUUAGAUCUUAUUGGCAUGAGCAGGUUGAAAUGGCAAUGGUAGUGCUUUAUAUACAUACCAAAGACACAAUACUUACUGAAAAUGCUGAUUGCAAUUCAGGCACCAAGCUGAAAUUUGCAGUUAUUGGUUCUCAAUGUCAAUGGUAUGAGAAACUUGAAGCAAUAGCAAGUUUGAAUGUCAUAUACAAAGAUUUAUGGACAAACAUGCUCGAUUCAGAGGAUAUUGUUCUUGGACAUACCAGAGAACCCAAUUCCAAAUAUCUUCCCAACUUCAGUCGACCUUUUGAAGAGGUUGUGUAUCCAAAAGGAGAUGCUGAUGCUGUUUCUAUAAGCAAGAGAGACUUUGAUUUACUUCAACCAGACACAUUUGUUAAUGACACCAUCAUUGAUUUUUAUAUCAAGUAUUUGAAGAACAAAAUCAAGCCUGAGGAGAGACACAGGUUCCAUUUCUUCAACAGUUUUUUCUUCCGGAAGCUUGCUGAUCCAGAUAAUGAUCCACUUGAUGCUUCUAAAGGGAUUGCUGCUUUUCAACGUGUAAAGAAAUGGACAAGAAAAGUUAACCUUUUUGAGAAAGAUUAUGUUUUUAUUCCUGUAAAUUAUAACUAUCACUGGAGUCUUCUUGUAAUUUGUAAUCUUGGAGAGGUUGCCACAUACAAAGAUGAAGAUGUAAACAAGUCAAUGAGAGUGCCAUGUGUUUUGCAUAUGGAUUCUAUUAGAGGAAGUCAUACUGGUCUAAAAGGCCUUCUACAAAGUUACCUGAAGGAAGAGUGGAAAGAGAGGAAACAGGAGGCAUCUGAAGACAUAUGCUCAAGAUUUGAUAAUUUGAGAUUCAUUUCCUUAGAGUUACCACAGCAGCAAAAUUCAUUCGACUGUGGUCUAUUCCUGCUGCACUAUGUAGAACUCUUCUUAGAGGAAGCUCCCCUCCAUUUUAAUCCAUUUAAAAUCACAAAUAGCUUCAACUUUCUAAAUAUGGAUUGGUUUCCACCUGCUGAUGCAUCUUUGAAAAGAGUAGUUAUCCAGAAGUUAAUCUGUGAUUUACUGGAGAACCCUCAUCAAGAACAACAAUGCCACCUCACCUGUUCGACAACAACAAAUUUCCCAAAAGAUGAUCCAAGUAUGGGUUUGAAGGCAUCGUUUGAAAUGGAAUCGUUUAUGGGUAAACAAUUAUCAACAAAUAGUUUUGAUGAAUUGAAUUUGAAGGGCUCUCUGACCCCAAUCGAGGAAGAGGUGGAAGGAGGUGGGCAUGGUUGUUCUGAAACGGAAUCAGCAAUCCAACAAGGGAAUGGAAUGAUGAUGGACAGUGAUUCCGAUGUUGUAACUUGGAAUGAUCCGGUGAUAGUUGAGCAUAACAACAGUUCCCAAUCAUCACUGGAAACAUCAACUUCUGGUUGUCAAGAUGAAGACUCAGACUCGGUUGAGAUAGUCAAUGGAGUGGAUGUAGAAGAAGUCGGAAUCGGAUUGAAGAAGAAAAGAGAUGAAUUAACAGAUUGCACUCAGAUUGAUGAUGAUGAUGAUACAUGUAUAGAUGUGAUGGUGGUCCCUUGUGACCGGAAUCCAACCAAAAAGAUGAGAAUUACACAAGAAUCAAAAAGGGUAUGAAAGAAAAAGCUAUAUCUCUGAUUUGUGAAUACUAGUGGGUGAUGCUGAUACAAGUAGGUAGGUAAAAUGUUUGUUUUAGAGUUUGUGUUGAAACUACCCUUCCUUUUGGAGGGAGGGUGUCUUUUUUAGUAGUAAUACUAAUGGCUGAUUGAUUAAUCCAACCUAAAAGUCAUUUCAUUUCAUACUAUACUUUUGGCAAUUGGGAUCAUGGGAUGCAUGCAUUAUUAGAUUUGGAAGAUCCUGAUCAAGAAGCAAUGAGCAAAAGUCAUCAACUGAUUGAUGAAACUUUUCAAGACUAAAUUAAAGAAUAAAACAUACAUGGGUCAUUAGUUUAAGAAUAGGCAUCAACUUUGUAAAUAAACAAGAAUAAUCCUACGUCGUGUAGUUGUUUUUCUUAUUUUAUUUAGACCAGAGGCUAGUGG